AUCCAGGCCAACGGCGGGCGCUUCUGGAUCGGCAAGCCGCCGUCGGCGUACUGCCCGCCCGACGUGGCGGGGCUCGACUGCUCGGUGUAUCCCGGCGCGUCGACGGUUUUUUCGGGGGGCAAUGACACCGUGUUCUUGAAUGUUGCGGUUCCUGGCGGGCAGCAGGUGUACAUUGCGCCUGACGGCGCCAUGGGAUAUACGCCGCCGCACUCGGCAUUCAUGCCCGAUGGGUCGGUUGUGUCGGGCUGGUGGCGUGAGAUUAGCGUUGCAGGUGGCGCCCCGACGAUUGUGGGAAAUGGGCAGUCAUCGAUGAUGGCUUGCCCGGCGGCUGGCCAGGACGGUGUCUACCAAGUCUUCUUUGGCGUGUCUAGGGCGCAGCUCACGUCCUGCGUGUCGUUUCAGAUGCGCACGUAUACGGCUUCUGGCGUGGUCGCGUGGGAGUAUUGA